CAGGCGGCGGCGGGCCUGGCGUGGAGGCAGCUUCGCCGCGCCUGGCUGGGCCCCGGCGGCCCGGUUCGGGGCGUGGAGGGAGCGGCGGCGGAGUUCAGCAGUUCUCGCGGAGGCCCCGGGCGCCCCGCCGCCUGCCUCGUCGGAGGGCCGCGGAAGGUAGGCCCCGAGGGAGGCGGGCGGGACUCGGAAGGCGCUCCUCCGGCUUUGGUCUUGCAGGCGCGCGCGACCGAGGGACAUGGUGACCGACUUCGAUGAGAAGCACGACGAGCACUUGGUGCUGCUGCAGCAGAGAAACAGGAUCCUGAAGGCGCUCGAAAGGAAGGAUCCGAUACAGAUCCGGCUGAAGCAGCUGGAGCAGGGCUUUACUCUGUACGUGAACGGCGCCAACUCGGAGGCGAGCCACUGCCGCAGCCGCAGAGUCAGCCCUCCGGCCCUUCUCGGGAGCAGCGCGCGCACCGCCAGGGCGAACCAUGUGAGUAUCAAAGACCUGUUAAAACAAGGAGAGCAGCGAGAGAGGAGCACCCAAAGUGCACCCAGUAAAAUCCAACGCCGGGAAUGGCUCCAGAAAGCCGUGCAGAUCAAGACAGAAACUGGAUCUAGGCUCUACAUUGCUCCCCCCUCUGAGUAUGCUGAGGAUUUUGAACCUGAUGAAAGUUUAGAUGUACAGAUAACUGACUGUGAAGAGAAUGGUACUUCCCAGGAACUCCAGCAAAGCUUGGAGUUUACCAUGAGUCAAGAAGGGGAAUGUUCGGAGGACUCUGACUCAAUUGAGGAGGAUGUGCCCACUGAAGUCUCUGAAAUGGAAGAAUCAGCUGAAUGUCUGGGAGGGGGCACUGAGCCAUUCCUUGCUGAAGCUGUUCUCUCCCCUCGGCCUGGAGCAGGCUCUGGUCUUGCUGCUGAUCCUCUUGUGUUGGAAUUCAAGCCUAACUGCCCAGGAGUUAAGAAGGAGCAAAGUCUCUCUGCAAAAAGGAAGGGCAUUGCUGAAGCUUAUGUUCCCAUCAAACCCGUGAGCCCAGUGGCUGCACGCCUGUGCCUGGAGGAACAGGAAGGAACCCCCUCCAGACCAACAAGCCGAUCAGAAAGACCACUCUCAGCUCUUCGGAAAAAUGUUUGUGAGAAGAAGGAUCCAGCAUAUGCUGCUUCUGUUGUCCUCAAAGCUAUGCAGGCAGAAAAUGAGAUACUACAAAAGGAGCUGCUCUGUAGGCAGCUGGAGGUUUCUGCUGGCUUCAUAGAUGCUGAGCUGAAGCAAGCACCCUUUGCAGAGUCACUGCUGGCAUCUGGUUCUGCAACAGCGGACCUUCCCCCCAAGCAGCCGGAGGAAACAGUUGUCUCCACAGCCCUGGAACAGAUUGGACUUCUGGGAAACAGGCAACAGAAAAAACUUCUGAACGCUCUGCAAAAGAUUGAGAAUCAGUCUGUCUGCUGUGGCCCUGCAGCUUUGGGCUUUGGACAGCUAGAGCUUCCUGUUCUGGACCACAUGGAAUUGGAGAAGGAGGUCCGGGAUGCCAUCUAUAUCACUAUAGAGAUCCUUUCCAACUGGGGAGAUGCAGCCUGCGUGGGUCUGACAGAAGUGGAGUUCCUUGAUUUGAACUUUGAGAGGGUGUUUGUGUCGCCUCACGAUGUAGACAUCCGGCAUGCGGAUCCACCUGGAGAGCUGGGCCGCUUGGUUAACCGAAGUGCAAAUGUCCGCAAAGACCUUCACCCCUGGUCAUGCCUCUUCCAGCCUCCCGUGCAGCUGUACUUUAUUGUUCGAAAUCCCAGCCUGUCGGGAGACUUCGGCCUGUCCAGAAUCAGGAUCUGGAAUUACAGCUCUCCUGUUAAUGGUGAUCUGAAUAUUGGAGCAAGAAGUAUCAUUGUAUACGUUGAUGGGCAUCUAAUCUUUGCUGGGGAGCUGCAGAAGGGCUGCUUAGCUCCUGAUUCAGAUGGCAGCAGCUGCACCUCCAUCGAUCUCCCAACAGACCUUCCCCUUCCUCCCAAGGGAAAGCCAGAAAAGGGCUGGGCUCCUGCGGAUCUGAGCGAGGAGUCUGACAAGCUGCUGCUGUUAAAUUGGAAGCCUUCCAUAAAAGAAAACUGCCCUGAGGAAGAGGAGAGAACCAGUGAUCCCGACAAAGGGGGAAAGUGUCUCCAAUCAAACCCAAACGCCAGGACAAACACCAGCAGCCUUGCUUCCCUGGGGACCACAGAGUGUGUCUCCCCUGAGGAGGACCGUUCCGCAAGUGAGAAGAUGGAAGAAUGUUCUCAGUCCCCCAGUUCCACUUCCCUGGGGAUCCUGACCUCUCCUGAGGCCCAAGGAGAGAUACGAGUCAGCUCUGGAAAGCAGAAGCUGCCCCCUUUGGGGCCACAAGUCCAGCUGCCUUCAGAGAGCAUGGAGAGGGGCUGCCCAAGAACAGCUGAUGGGAGUCCCUGUCUCUGUCCCGCGGAGCGAAAGCAGCCCAGCAGUGAGGCCCCGGACACAGAUGAGAGGCCCUCAGGGGAGACUCAGGAGUCCAUCCCCGAUUUGGACUUCUUGAAACCUCUGCUUUACAAACACAGUGGCACCCCUGAGCUGUUCCCCUUUGCUCAAGAUCUCAAAGACAGAGAGAAGGGAGAAUUUAGCCACACCUUAUGUAGGGAGGAAGCCACACUUGGCAAAGAGGAGCCUCUCCCUGCCAAGGGCAGUACAAGGCCCUCAAGGGCCAAGUGGGGCACCUCUCAGGAGUACAUGCUGCAGGAAUCGUGGAAUUCGUUGUUGAAAUUCAAUCGUUCGCAUCGUGGUCGAAUCUCCAAUAUGGAUUUCCAAGGUGACAUUUUUGAUGAGUUUCUCCACCAACACAAAAUUAGCCGGCAAGAAGCUCAGAAGCUCAGGAUAAAGGACAGUACGCAGGAGCUGCCAACACAGAAGAAGGGCAGCAGUUGCCUCGACCUGGAGGAUGACAGUGACUUUAAGAUCCCUGUCUUGCCUUAUGGUCAGCACUUAAGAAUUGAUAUCAGGUCAACCUGGGGAGACAGACACUAUGUUGGUCUGAAUGGACUUGAACUCUUCAGCUCGAAAGGCGAGCCCAUCCAGACUGCAAAAAUCACAGCCAACCCCCCCGAUAUCAACAUCUUGCCUGCGUAUGGCAGGGACCCCCGGAUUGUAACUAAUCUGCUGGAUGGAGUGAACCGGACACAGGAUGACAUGCACCUCUGGCUAGCUCCCUUCACUCCAGGAAAGUCCCACUGUGUUUGCCUGUACUUUGCAAAGCCAUGCGAGGUAGCCAUGAUUCGCAUCUGGAAUUACAACAAGUCUCGCAUCCAUUCCUUUCGGGGUGUGAAAGACAUCUCCAUUCUCCUGGAUGAACGCUGCAUUUUCCAAGGAGAAAUUGCCAAGGCUUCAGGGACACUUGCUGGAGCUCCAGAGCAGUUUGGAGAUACCAUUCUUUUCACAACGGAUGAGGACAUUCUGGAGGCCAUUUACUGUUACGAUGAGUCCUUGGAGGAGGAAAUCGAAAGCAGGCGCAGCCUGAGUUACGAGGAAGAGCUCAAGAGGCCACGGACUGCUGAUGGAGAAGGGGAUGAGAGGCCUUUCACUCAAGCUGGCUCCAGGACUGAAGGCAAGCAGAGCCAGAAGCAAAUUGCUGAGUCAGAUUCCAUCUCCCAGAUCAUGACAAGCAACGAACCUGGAGUCUGCUCUGGAAAAUGCCUGCUGCUGAACUUCACGGCCUCUUGGGGAGACUCGCACUAUCUCGGACUGACAGGGCUUGAGGUGGUUGGAAAGGAUGGCCAGACAAUCCUGUUCUCUGUGGAUCAGCUCUCCGCGUCACCUCAGGAUCUCAAUGAUCUUGUGGAGUAUGUGGAUGAUUCAAGGACCUUAGAUAAAUUGAUUGAUGGGAAAAACAUCACCACAGAAGACAACCACAUGUGGCUCAUUCCCUUCUGCCCUGGGGAAGAUCACCUGGUGACUGUCCAUUUCACACAAGUGGAAAACAUUGCAGGGCUUCGCAUCUGGAACUAUAACAAGUCUCCUGAGGACACCUACCGAGGGGCGAAAGUGGUCCAUGUGUGGUUGGAUGGCUGCUGCAUCUCCCCUCCGGGGGGCUUCCUUGUUCGCAAAGGACCAGGCAACUGUCAUUUUGACUUUGCUCAAGAAAUCCUGUUCAUUGACUACCUUUCGGGCCCCACAGUUGCUCCGGCACGUGAGCGGAGUGAAGUGAAGAAGAUGGAGCAAGCCAGUAUGGAUUAUGAAGCCCCCUUGAUGCCCUGUGGCUUCAUCUUCCAGUUCCAGCUACUCACGAAUUGGGGUGAUCCAUAUUACAUUGGUCUGAACGGGCUGGAGCUGUAUAACGAAUGUGGGGAGAAGAUUUUUUUAAAUCAAAACAACAUUGCAGCUUUUCCAGACAGCGUCAACGUCCUGGAAGGAGUCUGUGGAGACAUUCGAACACCAGACAAGCUGAUCGAUGGUGUGAAUCAUAGCAAUGAUGGAAGGCACAUGUGGCUUGCGCCAAUUCUGCCGGGCCUGGUGAAUCGAGUUUACAUUAUCUUUGACUUGCCAACGACCAUUUCCAUGAUCAAGCUAUGGAAUUAUGCAAAAACUCCACAGCGAGGAGUCAAGGAAUUUGGAAAGGUGCAAAUUCCUUUCUGUGUGAUUAUGAGGCCCUCCAACUUUUCACCCACUCUUUUUUGGAUCCAGCUUCUUGUUGACGAUCUGCUGGUCUACAACGGAAUUCUUGAUAUGGUGAGUCACCUGGUAGCGGGCAUUCUUCCUACGUGCGACCCGACUGUUCCGUACCACACCUUCCUCUUUACGGAGGACGAGAAGAUCCGCUGGCAAGAGAGGAGCACCGUGAUUAGCAACCAGAUAGAGGACCAGGACGUGCGGCUGACAAAUGAGAGCCAGCUCAUGUCCUCUUCCAGAAAGAAGCAAAAGGGAACUGCUGAUCCAGCUCUUCGUCCUAAAACCUGCAUUCAGGAUAAAGGCCCGUUGCGGAGAACAAGACAGUGAGGAAAGAAAAGGGUGGCUAUCACCCUACGGCCCUCUGCUCGAGCCAUUUUGGAUUUGUUGCCCAUGAAGAAGGGGCAGCCUGCUCCACGGACACCCAGUUCUCAACCAGAAUCAUUGGGGGACCCUGGGUGGGAGUGAUGUUACUGUUGCUGCUGAAACCAUCAGAAGCACUUCUGUCACCUGCAGGUUGAUUACAGUUUGCUUCUGCCUUCUCACAUGGGGCUUUGGCUGAACUCUAGCAGGCUUGGAUAUCUCUUAUGGAAAGAGGAUGCACAACACCCUGGGCUGAUUCACGAGCUGGAGGAGGAGGGCAGCUUUCCCCAACUUUCACCAGAAGCCUUGGGAUGCCUUUGCUGACUGGUGGGAGCAGGGGUGGGGCUCCGAGAACAGCCAACGAGGGUGCAGUUAAGACAAAGGCACACGCAGUUCCCCUUCCCCCUUGGGUGUCACUGAUGUGUUCACAUUCUGUAUUUCCCUGCAAUUGCUGCGGUUCUCAGUGGUGCAGAGAAAAUAUCUCAGCUGCAGUGGAAAUUAAAAGCGUAAAAAGCCUGCGAGGCUGCCACCUUCCCCAGCCAGCCCCAAGGAUCUACCACUGCCACACCAACAAAGGCUGAAUGUGGGUACAGGCUAGAGUCACAGCCAAGCAUGGCUAGUAGAAAGGGUGGCUGCAAAUCCGUGGCCUGGUGCUCAACCCUGUAGGGCAGCCACCUUUCUAACUUGGGGCAAGCAGAAAGGCUUGGUGCCUUCCUUUGUAGGUUUCUGCCAAUUCUCAUAGGCUUGCCUUCCAUCUUUGGAGGCAUCUCCAAAAACUGAGCUGAAAGACAGAAAGUGUCAUCUGCCUCUUUGAGCAGCAAAUGCCUUAUUCAAAAUGUUCCCAGUUGCAGCGUAGUGACUGCUAGCAAGUACCAGGUUCUUGCAAUUGGUGCUACUCUUUGGUGUUUGUCACACACAGACCCAACUUCUUUUUUGUCUUAUUAGCCUCUUUCGGCUGACUGACUUGUUCCCCCUUGGCUAGCACGAGGGGUGCCCAGGGAGGCUGCCCUCUGAUUUUGGCAGGAAGAUGCAAACUUGGUGGUCCAAUAGCUACAGAAGCUGUGAAGCUGACCUUUUUGCAUGCUGGCAGCAUCACCAUAACCCAUUUCUGCCACCUGUGGCUUCAGCCCAGGGUCCAAAAGCUGCUCCUGCAAAGAACCGGCAUCCAUGCCUCGGUCUCUUCAUCUGAGUGAAAGGACGUUUCCCCAGCCCUGUCCCUGCUCCCUCACUGUGGCAACUUUUGUAACCUGGCCUUGGCAAAGCCCUCGUUCAACCUUCAAAGACAUUGUCUCCAAUGCCCAGAGAGGGGUACAAGGGCAGGACUUUAUAACCCCCCCCCAAAAAAAAAUCUGGACCUGUUUUGAAGGGUCACGGGUUCAUCUUGCCUUGAUAAAUCUUUCGUUGGCAGAGAACUUGCAUCUGCUUGUAACACAAAUGCCUUGCGCACAAUGUGUAUUUUGACUGGCCUUUUCUCAUUAUAUUAGAAGCAACCCUGUGGUCUCAGGCUGAAUGGAGAAGUUAAACCUCAGCUUUUGUUGACAUGCAUUACCCCAGACGCCACAUGAGAUUAUUCUUGGUCCCCAAAUGUUGCUGGAGUAGAAUGGGAAUGGGAAGAGAGAUGAUCAGUGGGUUUUACUAAUAGGGCUUAAAGUAAUUUUAGUAGUCUAGCAAGGAUUAUUUUUUCCACGUGUUCAACGAUAACAAUACUAAAACAUCUCAGCUGAAACAAAGAAUCAUGGUUGAGAAGAGGGGUGGAGAGAUACAGUUUUGUGACAAGAUUGAUUGCUCAGUGCUAAGAAUAAAUUCCUGGCUUUGAA